UAUUAACUUCCGGGUGGACGACAUCGGAAACACUUCUCGGUUGCAGAAAGGCGGAUCCCUCUCUACUAUUUUGCCUUUGGAAACUCUUGAACCCUUUUUUACGCGUCGUCUCCCUGCACUCCGCUAGUCUCAGUAAAUAAUCCCGACUAAAACUGCUCUUGGAGAUAUAAAAACGGUGUUGUAUUCGAGCGUCCCGGUCGCGACAACAGGAAGAGAGUCGGAUCCAGGCUGCUAAGUUGUUGCAUUAAGUUGACAGCUACCUGAAACAACAGGGAAGAAAGCACACCGCGGCGAACUGCCUUGCAAAUCACAAGAAAUGGGCGAUAAAGAAUUGAUGUGGGCUUUGAAAAAUGGUGACAUGGAUGAGGUUAAGAGCCUGCUAGCAAAGGACGGGGAUGUGAACAGGACCCUGGAGGGUGGGAGGAAGCCUCUGCACUAUGCUGCAGACUGUGGCCAGGCGGAGAUGCUGGACUUCCUAAUAUCUAAGGGAGCAGAUGUCAAUGCUCACGACAAACAUGGGAUCACACCGCUGCUCUCUGCCAUUUACGAGGGUCACCUCUCUUGUGUCAAGAUCCUGCUAGAAAAGGGAGCUGACAAGAACCGAAAAGGACCAGACGGCCUCAGUGCCUUUGAAGCUGCCGAGUGCGAUGCCAUAAAGGCUCUCCUGAAGUGAGACACCGCAGCGGGGGGUGGCUGGACAGGCGGAUGGACGGACAGACAGAUGGAUGCAGUGGUCCCUGUACAGAAGACGGACUCGCCCCUUUACCCUGAUCAACCUCUGUCUUAGCACUGCUUUUGUCUGCUUGUUGGGGAGGGUCAUUUUGUCUGGUUUCAGUUUUUCCCUUUCCUUUAUUUUCUUUUAUUUUGGGGGCGGGAUUUUCUUUUUGCCUCUAUCGGUAGCCAUUUAACAGAUGGACUUGUCGAUCAUGUCUCCCUUAGGGACCAAUCACUGAGGGAAUACGCUCACACCUGGACCUUGUAACACAUUCUGAAAUACAAAAGCAAAGCUUAGCACUUAAUACACUUCUCUCAUUUGCAGUCCUCAUAAAACUGUAAAGAAUUCAAACAGUUAAUAGUUCAAUAGCGUGUUAAUAUUUUUUACAACUUCAAUAUUGAAAGUAUUGUAUGGCCACUUAGUUUCAAGAACAGCAUUUGCACUGUACUGUAUUAGAUAUAUUGGAGAGAAACAGUUGUAAAGUUUCAUUCUAUUAACAUCUAAUUAUAUGUGGCCUCUCCUCUUCCUUGCUGUGUGUGUGUUUUCUUGUAGACCAAACUAUCCAUCCAAUCCUUGAAAUUGUUGGAAGAGAUAGGUUCACAAGUCACUGAUUUUUCCUUUUCUAUUUGGCCCUUAAUCAAUUACAUAUCAAAUGGCAUUUAUGGCCAAUAUUAUAUUGGUAGUGUUUAAAAAAAAAAAAAAUCUAUAUUCUUUUGACCAAUCACCAUGCUGGCUAUCUAAAACGUGUUGAAUGUUGCAAUUUUAAAUUAUCACUCAAACCAUUUUUGAAGAAAAGUGUGUUAACAGCACAUAAUAGUAUGAGGGAUUUUAGAAAUUUGAUCAUUUUGUCAUCCCUGGAGUGAAGAAGUUUGAGACCUAGAAUCCCUUUUUGUUGCAGCUUGUCUCUGUAUUUUGUAUUAGAUGAAUUGGGUGGGCUUUGAAUGAUGGGUAAUGGGGGUUAGAGUUGAAACUGGAUGGUGGGGGUGAAUAGUGUUCCCCUUGCCUUGGAUUUGGUUAGCAGCCCUGCCUGUUUCGCUGCAUGUCAAAACUGCCUCUGCUUUUACGCUCUAAAAUGGUUGCUGUCCUCUCUUGGUUGCUUUCAAAUGAAUUACUACAAUGUAAUGGGGAAAAUGCUCUUGCUGACUUUGUUGUGACAAAAAGUCUGUAAAAACAGAAAUAAAAAUAUCUGU